AUGCAGAGAACAACAGUGUUGACAUGGGAAAAGGAGGUACUAAAGGAACAGCCCUUGGGUUGGGGUAGCUCUAGCAUUGGAGGGACCUUGCCUGUGCAUUCACCUGGCAGCAGCAGCAGGAGGGGCGGGAGGGGGUUUGCAGGGUCAGCUUUGCUGCUAGCAGGGCAGGAGGGAACACCAAGGAGAGUGAGAGGUGAAAGAUUGGCUGGAGCAGGAGGGGUAUCGGAGAGUUUUAGUGGGCUGGUGGGUAAAGGACUGGUGGGUGACGGAGGAGGAAGAGGCACAAAGCGGCCUCUUACUGCUGAAUUCGAUGCGGUUGAGGUGGGAAGUGAGGAGGGGGUUUCUCUGUCUACGGGAGGAGAAACAGGACAUUCAAAUGAUGAUGUUGCUGGGAGAAUGGGAGCAGAGGAGGAUCCAGCACAGGGGGGUCCCAGCACAAUGCCAGGCCAGGGGGGGGUUACAGGAGAGGAGGGGAGAGCGAGAGGAAGAGUGGGGGAGGAGCAGGGGACUGGUGAAGGGGAAGCAGGGAUAGUAGGGGCGGAAGGGGCAGCAGGGGGAGCGGCAGGGGCGGCAGGAGUAGCAGGGGCGGCAGUGGUUGGCGGUCGGUUGGAAGCUCUGUUAACGGAGUGGGAGGAUCUACGGCCUGUGAGGAUUCACCUGGAGAGCCUGAUUGCUGACUCGCGAUUGGCCGAGGCUCUUGAGCUGGCGGACACGUGGCUGCCUGAGGGGGCGCCAGAUCACCUGCUGUGUCUGCUCGUGGAGCAGGCUGAGGGCCCUGAUGGUGGUGCUGCUGCUGCUCACACGCACGCAGCAGGAGCAGCUGGAACACGGACAGUAGGAGCAGGAGCAGCGGCAGGAGGAGACAUGAUGCGGUUUCAGAAAGUGCCUGUGACUCAGGCGAGCGGGCUGCAGCAGAGCCCACGGAGUGGAGGAGUUGGGUUUGUGCGGAGUGAGGCAGGGGGUCGCACUGGCAGUGCUGGCAAGGCCGUGAGGAAGCCGGUGACAGCGGGUGACAGCUGGCGGUUCGUGAUUCGCGUGGCUGACGAAGAGCUUGCAGCAGCGCUAGCGCUCAGGUACCACCACAGCUGGCAACUGUCACACAUCCACACCGUAUUCAACACCUGCCUCUCACACCUCCCAGCGCACUCGGCCCUGCGGGCUCAGAUCCUCACCUGCAAGUCCUCUGUGGAUCAGUACACUCGCAUCCGCUCCAUCCUCAACGACAGAACCCUUGCCACGUGGCAGCAGGUUCGCUCUCUCUGCUUCCGCGAUCCCGAGUCCGUGUGUCGGCUGCUAGCCGCCAAGGGAGCGGUCAAGGAGGCUGUGUCACUAGCAGAAGCACAUUCUGCUGCUCCUGCACGGGCAUCAGGGGCAGCAGCAGCAGCAGCCGCAGGUACAGGUCUAGGUGGAGGAGUGGAGGCAGACACUGCUGCUGCUACAGCUGCUGCUACAGCUGCUGCCUCUGCUGCUGCUGCUGCUGCUGCUGCCAGUGCUGCAGGCGUGUCAUGGAAUGCAGCAGCUAAAAGAGGAGCAGCAGCAGGAGCAUUGCCAGCAGCUGGAGCAGAUCCAGUGGGGAGGGUGGGAGGGGCGUUACUAGCAGAGUUAAGGGGGCGCUAUCUGGCUGAGCUGAUGGGGGGGGAUCCCUUACAGGGUGACUCGGGACCAGCAGUGGGAAUGAGAUACCUGGAGAGACUGAUGAUGGAAGGGGCGAAGGGGCGUGAUAGCAAGCAAAUGGGUCUGGGCGAUGGGGUGGGCGUGAAUGGUGGCUCUGCUGCUGACACGCCAGAUGUCUCGCUGUUCCAGUCGCUAGCUUCGCUGUGUUCGAAGAGAUUCUCGGUGCUGAAAGGGCUGCUGGCGGUGGUGGUGGAGCAGGCUGGCGUGGCUCUGGCCAAGGAGAGCGUGCCACGUGGCACCAGCCUGCUGUCGCUGACUCAGACGGCCUUCUACUCGAAAGCCUACCUCAAAGCACUCACCAUCGUGAGAGACAUGCUCCUGGCAUACCAGACGCAGCUUGCCAAGCUUUUGAGGCGCCUCAGAAAGUCUGUUCUCACUUCUGCUGCUUUCUCUGUUCCUUCCCUUCACCUACAGGCACUCACCAUCGUGAGAGACAUGCUCCUGGCAUACCAGACGCAGCUUGCCAAACCCGGACCUGCCACCCGAAGCACAGGCUCACCACGCGAACCGCCAGGCCAGGUUCGUUCGAGAGGUUCGCCGCAGGUUCGGGCGCGAGAUCCUGCGCAGGUUCGGAUGCAGCUGAAGUCUCUGAAGCAGCUGCUGGUUCGGGCAGAGGCGUGGAUCGCACGGGUGCAGCUGCUGAGAAGAUUCCUGGCGGACAAUGUGGGGGUGGGAAUUGACGAGCUUGGUGGGGGUGACCCUGACUUCCAGCCUGGCUCUCCUGGGUUGUUUGCGUCUUUGUACUUUCACUCAGUGAUGGGAGGAGGAGAGGAGAGGGGUGUGGCAGUAGGACGGGGAGGAGGAGGGGAAUCAAGGGCAGGAGGGGGAGCAGCGGGAGGGGAUAUGGCUUGGAGUGUUGAGAUACAACAGCGGAACAGGGAGCAACAGAACCAGCAGCAGUCGCAGCAACAGCGGCGGCAACAGCAGCAGCAGCAGCAGCAGCAGCAACCAAGGUCGAUGCACCAGCAACAACAGCACCGGCACAGCUCGGUGCAGGCCCGGCUGCAUCCCGAAGCAGAAGCAGAGGCUCGGGAGGCGUCCCUAUCAGCGACCCUGGCACUCAGGGACGGGUUGGUGAAGGAGGAGUGUUAUGAGCUGGCAGCUGCUCUGUGUGACACGUGUCAUCAUGUGGACCCGUGUCCUGUGUACAAGGCAUGGGCAAUGUCCCUCAUUCGAGUGAAGAACUACUCCCAGGCCCGGCAUAUUCUAGAUCUUUUCUGUUCUUCCUUGUUCCCCUCCACUCUCCCCCCCUCCUCUCAGCUUCUAGCCAAAGACUAUGUGGCAGCAGGGCUGUGCAGUAUCCAGCUCAUCCUCUUUCUCAUCCCAGUGUUUACCUCCCUUCUCCCUCUCCACCCUCACCCCCUCCACCCGCACCUGCUCUGCUCUCUCCAUCAGCUGCUAGCCAGGGAUUACGUGGCAGCAGGGCUGUGCAGCAUCCAGCUCUUCCUUGUCGAUUCCACUGCUCGCUUCCUUCUUCUUCUCCCUGCGCUCUCACCCCUCCCUUUCCCACUCUCCCGCAUUCUCCUCUCACUCUCUCAGCUGCUAGCAAAAGACUACGUGGCAGCAGGGCUGUGCAGCAUCCAGCUCUUCCUUGUCGAUUCCACUGCUCGCUUCCUUCUUCUUCUCCCUGCGCUCUCACCCCUCCCUUUCCCACUCUCCCGCAUUCUCCUCUCACUCUCUCAGCUGCUAGCAAAAGACUACGUGGCAGCAGGGCUGUGCAGCAUCCAGCUCUUCCUCUACUCCCCCGAUCUUCGCACCGCAGCAACGCACCUGCAGCAGGCACAGGUGGGUGGGACAAGGCAUGGCAGGGACAGCAGCGCCGUGUCUCUCGUGGAAGCAGCAAGGAAGGCCCCUUGGAGCGUGGCGCUGUUUGGUGCUCCCAGCGAUGGCCGAACCAACAAGCGCCGUGUGGAGGUGACCGAAUUCCUGGUCGAGAAAGAGUUUGACCUGGCCCUGGAGGUGAUAAACUUCCUGCACCUGCCAGCCGUGCAAAUCUACGCCAGCGUGGCAGCGUCGCUGGCGGAGAAGCAGCAGCACCGCGUUCUGUUUGAAGGGCUCAUGGACCGGAUCAAAUACAUGCUGCCACCCGCUGACAUGGAUGAGGUGAUUGGAGCAGCAGUGAUGGUCUACACCCACACCGCUGUCAAGCUCUCUACUCUCUCCCUGACCUUCACCGGGCGGCAAGACAUGUCCCGAUCUGUGAAGCUGCCCAAGGAGCAGAUCGACCGACUCAUCCACAUGCUGUCAGACGAGCACAAGAAGGUUCUCUUCAACGUGGCAUGUCGCAGGUUGCGUCUGGCCUUUCAGAUCGCUACGGGGCACUUCCAGCCUCAAACCAUCAGUGCUUCAACUCCUGCUGCUGCCAGUGCUAGCACCACUAGCACUGGCAGCAGCAGCAGCAGCAGCAGUGGGGGUGGGUUAGGGUCGGUGUACCCGCUACAGAGUCGCAUCAACGAUGUGAUUUUCAUCAUGCAUGAGGCUCGGAACGCACCCAAGGUCCGGGAGCUGUGUCGUGAAUGGCUGGCGGCUCGGGGCAUUAUGAUUGAGAAUGUGGAGAAGCACUCACAGGCUCAUUUGUUACCUCACCAGGCAUGGCCUCUUGGACACGGGACACAGCAGCCGCAUGCCCUGCGUCAGUAG